CUAAUGUGUUCUAAAGAGCAGCUCCACUCAGAUCUCCUCUUAGGGGUUGCAUUUCAUCAUAAUAUAAAAUGGGCCAAUCCAUCACUUGCCUCUGCUCAGUGCUCUCGAAUUGAGAUUGAAGGGAAAAUUAGAAGCUGUUCAUUUGGGCUCCCGUGCUCAACAGCAUCGCACAGCGUCAUCAGGAGCUCUGGGUGUCCUGCUGCAAGAGGCCAACAAGUGCAGUGGAGGAUACAAAGAGGCUGAGACUGGCGUCACCUUCUGUUGCUAAGGCACACAAGUGACUAUUUUGUCUUGAAACUCUGCUUUGAGAACAUCAAGGAUGGAUUAUCCCAAAAUGGAUUAUUUUCUGGAUGUCGAGUCUGCUCAUAGACUCUUGGAUGUUGAGUCAGCUCAAAGAUUCUUCUACAGUCAAGGAGCUCAAGCUCGCCGGGCGACCCUGCUCCUGCCUCCCACAUUAAUGGCGGCAUCUUCGGAGGAUGAUAUAGACCGGCGGCCCAUCAGAAGAGUCCGCUCCAAGAGCGACACGCCGUACCUCGCCGAAGCCAGGAUCUCCUUCAACCUAGGGGCAGCUGAGGAAGUGGAGAGGCUGGCGGCCAUGCGUUCCGACUCCCUUGUCCCAGGCACACACACCCCUCCCAUCCGGAGGAGAAGUAAGUUCGCCAACCUGGGAAGGAUCUUCAAGCCUUGGAAGUGGAGAAAGAAGAAAAGCGAGAAGUUCAAGCACACAUCCGCAGCCCUGGAAAGGAAAAUAUCAAUGAGGCAAAGCAGAGAGGAGCUGAUAAAACGAGGGGUCCUGAAGGAAAUCUAUGAUAAAGACGGGGAGCUCUCCAUAUCGAACGAAGAUGAUUCGCUGGAAAACGGACAGUCCCUGAGCUCCAGCCAACUGUCUCUGCCAGCCCUCUCCGAAAUGGAGCCGGUCCCCAUGCCCAGGGACCCCUGCUCAUACGAGGUGCUCCAGCCUUCAGACAUCAUGGAUGGGACAGUGUCUGAAGAGAGUCCCUCUGCCAGUGAGUCUGGAGUCCUCCUGUCCCAAGAUCCUUCAGCCAAACCAGUCCUGCUACUGCCCCCCAAAAAACCUGCUGCUUUCUCUGGAGACCAUGAGGAGACCCCAGUGAAGCAGCUGUCCCUUCUCAAGCAACCCCCCGCCCUGCCUCCCAAACCCACUGCCAGGAUUGCCAACCACUUAACAGAUCCUGGCGCCCCUGUGAAAUUGCCUUGUCUGCCAGUGAAACUGUCACCGCCGCUACCUCCAAAGAAAGUCAUGAUCUGCAUGCCUGUCGGGGGGCCAGACCUCUCCCUGGCGUCCUAUGCCGCCCAGAAGAGCGGCCAGCAGAGUGGGGCCCAGCACCACCACACGGUCCUGCCAUCCCAGAUCCAACACCAGCUGCAGUAUGGCAGUCUCGGCCCGCACCUCCCCUCCACCACCGGCUCCCUCCCCAUGCACCCCUCCGGCUGCAGGAUGAUCGAGGAGCUGAACAAAACGCUGGCCAUGACCAUGCAGAGGCUGGAAAGCUCUGAGCAGCGGGUCCCCUGUUCCACUUCUUACCACAGCUCUGGUUUGCAUUCGGGUGACGGUGUCUCCAAGGCGGGACCUCUGGGCCUUCCGGAGAUAAGACAAGUGCCAACUGUUGUGAUUGAAUGUGAUGACAAUAAAGAAAAUGUGCCUCAUGAAUCAGACUACGAAGACUCUUCUUGCCUGUACACGAGAGAAGAGGAGGAGGAGGAGGAGGACGAGGACGACGACAGCUCGCUGUACACCACCUCCCUGGCCAUGAAGGUGUGCAGGAAGGACUCCUUAGCCAUCAAACUCAGCAACAGGCCCUCCAAGCGGGAGCUCGAAGAAAAGAACAUCCUUCCCAGGCAGACGGACGAGGAGAGGCUGGAGCUGAGACAGCAGAUCGGCACCAAGCUCACCAGGCGGCUGAGCCAGAGGCCAACAGCAGAGGAAUUGGAGCAGAGGAACAUUCUAAAACCUCGGAAUGAACAGGAGGAACAAGAGGAGAAGAGAGAGAUCAAGAGGAGGUUAACUCGAAAGCUCAGCCAAAGACCCACAGUGGAAGAACUUCGAGAAAGAAAGAUCCUCAUCCGUUUCAGCGACUACGUGGAGGUGGCAGACGCUCAGGACUACGACCGCAGGGCCGACAAGCCGUGGACCCGCCUCACCGCCGCCGACAAAGCUGCCAUUCGAAAGGAGCUCAAUGAAUUUAAAAGCACUGAAAUGGAAGUUCAUGAAUUGAGUAGACAUUUAACAAGGUUUCACCGACCUUAACAGUCAAAUUCCUCCUGAGUGCUAUGCUGUCUUCAAAACAUAAAUUUAUAAGAACCAUAAGUGCUGGUAUUUAUUCACUUCCCCAUUAUGAUGUAAAUCUUCUGAACUGCCUUUUUUUAAAAAAGAAGAAGAAAAAUAAAAGGAAACGUGAUCAGGAUUCUCUUUGCGAAAACGCGAUGGUCACCGCUUGGCGGUCAGAGCCACUGGCGCGACUGCGGAUACCGAGGGCCCCAACGGGCCAGACGGAAGACGGUCUCUCCAACCGGGCCCGGCGGGCCAGCCUCCUUGAGGCUCGUUUAGGCCCCAGCGAACCUCAUCCCCUGGAGUGUGUGUCACCUGGGUCCAAAGAAAGCCAAGGCAGUGGGCUUGGCCUGCAACGGACUGUGCAAAGCAAACGGUCAGGUGGACCUUCUAGACUUGGCCAGAUACACUGGCUCUAGGCGUGGCGUCCGGCUUGGGGGCCACUGCGGGGGAGCACUAGCCUCGGCCCCCGUCCCUUCUCUCUCUUCAGCCAUCAUCCAGACAGUGAACAAAAAGGAAGAUGCUUUUCUGGGGGAGUCUGUGGUUGACCGUCGGUCCCCAGAGUGUGUGUGCCCCAGGUUGUGGAAGGCCGCCACGGAGCGCCUAGCCUGUCCCCGCAGACUAAGCUGAGCUGCCUUCCAGGGAGCUCUGGUUUAGAAGGGGAAAGCGGUCAUCUGCUCAGUUCAAGUGAACUAACCCAUCAGUGUCAAAAAAGCCCCAUGUCGUGGGUGAUCUGACGCACACGGCCACCGCUGUGGUGCUCCUAUGGUACUCGUGCGUCCGAGGGUAAGGACCCUGUUGAGGACAGAAAGGCUGGGGUACGAGACUGCUUGGCUGGUGUUCCUCAUAUUCUCUGUGCACCCUGGGGCCGGGGACUGUGUGGCCUGGACGUAGAUGAAGAGCCUCCGAGUCUAGGACCCGUGCAUGCCAGCCAGAGCCCCGGCUUGCAGGACUGGCGUCUGGCCACAGAUGGAUGGGUCCUCCAGAACCAUUCGAUGGCCUUCUAGUCUCCUUUCUUUGCACUGACGAGUUUCUGCAGAAGAGCUUCAGGGUUUGGCAUAUGGCAGAACCGCGCCAACACCAGCCACGCCUGCCCACGCUGUACCUUCCCGCUCCGCUCUGGAGAGACCCCUUCCUCUCCCUCAUGGUGCUGGUAAGGCUGAUUGGAGGUGUAGCUCUCCCUGUCCCAUGCGCUUGGGACCACAGAAGGCAGUGCUCUUUUGACAGAGGGACACUGAAGAUAGGAUGUGCAGUGAGGAAGGACAGCCCCCAAACCCCAACAACUAUCUUCACGAGGCCUGUUGCAGCUUCUUCUGUUUUCCUUCCUGACAGACCUUGUAGGGCCCUCGGCCCCACAGCUCUGCCUGGCCUUCUGGAGUGGUCUCCCAGUUACCGCCAUUUCUCCAGGUAAUGGCUCGCUCCCCUCCACAUAUGCCCAAAAGUUAGUUACCAGAUUGGCCUUCACAAAAAAGGAGUUACCCAGUUCCCACCCUCAAAACGUGUGGGAAGCGUUACUCUGGGGACCCACACCCCUCCGGGAGGCCAUUCAUUUCGCUUCCGGCAGGCAUUCACGGCUCCAACAGCCGGCAUGGAGCCAGGAGCUGGGCCUAUUUCGGGGGGGGAGCUCAGGGCAGUUCUUGAGGCGGUGCCCACUGUCCACUUGCCUCGUAGCACCUGGAGUGAGCACGCCACUGCCCUGCCCCACGAGGGGCACCAUCACUAGAUGCUUUUCUCUUUGAAUGUUGAGUCUGAAUAGUUAACUGCCGUGGGAAGGUGUCGUUCAGGGAAAACACGGUCGGGAUUUUAGUGUGGCUGUAAACACAGCCUUCCCGAAAGGCUUACUGACGAUUGAAUGUGCAAAUGGUAUGACGAAAGAUGUCGGGCUCUUUCGUUUGACUUCUUGAUAGCAGGCAUUGUUCCAGGCAGAAGUGCCUGCCUUGCUAGGAUUCGAGUCCGAGCUUCCUGUAACUCCCAGCUGGCCUCGUGCGGCUCCCAGGGCCCUGGUGUGCUGGUCAGGCCUUCGCCGGGCCCAGGAGCGAGUCCUAAGGGAACUCCUUGCCCGGACUCCUCCUUUGAAGGCCAGCGGCUUCUCUGCUGGCUUCCAUUCUUGGGCCUCUGAGGCCCAAGGAACGUGACGCCCAAAUCGAUUCCCCUGCGGCCAGCCAGCAGCCCAGGUAUCCUGCCCAAAGUGCCCUCCUGUUGCAGUCCACGUUGAGCACGGAAGACAGGGAACACAAUUUCCACUUCCAUUCCUGCAGAGCACCCUCUUUGAAAAGUCAGUUGCAGGAAUUAGGGGUGAACCUUCCACACCCCUGAGAUCUCGCCCGCCACCAUCAAAGUGGGCUACUUCCAAGCCCAGUUUAGGGGGCUUGGCCACCUCAGUGGGCCACAGGAUGGGGCAUCUGCUGUCUCUUUCCUGCCGUGAAAUCUUGAGGUCUUUACAGAAAUCUAUCCAAAUUUCUCUUCUGCCGUAGUGUUAGGACAACUGGAAGAUAUUACAAAAAAAAAAAAAAAAAAAAAGGUGAGAUAGG